CUGGCCGGAAACUAAAGAAGACCAGCUCCUCCAGUGGCUAGUUUGGGCACCCUGGGACUGUGGCUGCAGCAGGACAUGGCAGACUCUGCACAGGCCCAGACGCUGGUAUACCUGGUCACAGGUGGCUGUGGCUUCCUUGGGGAGCAUGUGGUUCGAAUGCUGCUGCAGCAGGAACCCCGGCUCCGUGAGCUGCGGAUCUUUGACCUGCACCUGGGUCCCUGGCUGGAGGAGCUGAAGACAGGGCCAGUGCAGGUGACUACCAUCCAGGGGGAUGUGACCCAGGCCCAGGAGGUGGCAGCAGCUAUGACUGGAGCCCAUGUGGUCAUCCACACAGCUGGGCUGGUGGAUGUGUUUGGGAGGGCCAGUCCUGAGACCAUCCAUGAAGUCAACGUGCAGGGCACGAAGAACGUGAUUGAGGCUUGUGUGCAGACUGGAACACGGUUCCUGGUCUACACGAGCAGCAUGGAAGUUGUGGGGCCCAACGUCAAAGGCCACCCCUUCUAUAGGGGCAAUGAGGACACCCCAUAUGAAGCAGUACACAGACACCCCUAUCCUUGCAGCAAGGCCCUAGCUGAGCAGCUGGUCCUGGAAGCCAAUGGGAGGAAGGUCCGUGGGGGGCUGCCCUUGGUGACAUGUGCUCUGCGUCCCACUGGCAUCUAUGGUGAAGGCCACCAGAUCAUGAGGGACAUCUACAACCAGGGCCUGCGCCUGGGAGGCCGGCUCUUCCGGGCCAUCCCAGCCUCUGUGGAGCACGGACGGGUCUAUGUAGGCAACGUGGCCUGGAUGCACGUGCUGGUGGCCCGGGAGCUGGAGCAGCGAGCGGCUGUAAUGGGGGGCCAGGUAUACUUCUGCUACGACAAAUCACCCUAUAAGAGCUAUGAGGACUUCAACAUGGAGUUCCUGGGCCCCUGUGGACUGCGGCUGGUGGGCACUCGCCCGCUGUUGCCCUACUGGCUGCUGAUGCUUCUAGCUGCCCUCAAUGCCCUGCUGCAGUGGCUGCUGCGGCCGUUGCUGCUCUAUGCACCCCUGCUCAACCCAUACACACUGGCCAUGGCCAAUACCACCUUCACCGUCAGCACCAACAAGGCUCAGCGCCAUUUUGGCUACAAGCCUCUGUUCUCAUGGGAGGAGAGCCGGACCCGCACCAUUCGCUGGAUGCAGGCCAUGGAUAGUUCAGCCCAGUGACAGUGGCGCUGAGGCCUAGAGCCCAGUGUAGCACAUCCAUCUAGGCCCAGAGCACUCAAACCCUGGAUAGGGAGGGAAGGCUGCCUUCUAAGCUGGAGGGUCUGGUGCAGACUGGCUGCCCUAGACUCUCAUGUUAAAUCCACGAGCACUGAGUCUGUGUCCUGAUGCCUCAAGGUCAAUGGCAGGAGCAUCUUCAUUCUCAACCCAGGCCUGACCACUGGUUGGCUGGCUGGUUGGCGGGGGGCUCAUUUUCUUGAUAUUCUCAACUGCCAUCCCAUCAUUGGCUUUUCAAGCUGAAAGUGAGUACCACGCAGGGUCCUCAGGCCUGGAUUCAGAGGGAAGAGGCUUUCUGGCUCUUCAGGCCUCCUUUGUCCCUCAUUUGGGAGGGAGUGUCAUAUUCCCAUUAUUUUACAUUUAUCACCUUUAGAUAUUUAUCUUUUAAUUCUCCUCAAUGAAAGCUGAAAAUCCCUGUAUUUUCACUUCUUCCCACUCAUGUACCCAAAUGUAGUUCCUGCAAUACUGUGAGAUCUGUACCCCAGGAGGCCCCAGUAAUUCUGUACCUGCCC